GCUACAACAACAAGUAGGGCUUCAACAACAAGCUUUUUUGCAUAUACGUAUGCAACAGAUCAUGCACGCGAGGAGCCGAAGCAGGAGAAUUAUGCUCUUGCUUUUGACAGAAAUCCGUAGACGUCGUAGAAUAAAUCGACGUGUUGCUGGUCGGAGAGCUUGGUCCUGGCCAAGACCUCAGCUUUGGUUUCGUACGAUGCUGGCAAAUCACAACCUAGACGUUUUGUGGAAAGAUAAUUUUCGCAUCACCCGGCCAACAUUUGACUACAUCUGCGAUCUUGUUAGAGGAGAUUUACAAAAGAAUGUAACUAGGAUGCGACAGCCAGUAAGUGUUGAAGAGCGUGUUGGACUAUCCAUCUGGCGAUUGGCCACCGGUAAUACCUACCGGACCUCUUGCAAUUUGAAUCGAUUUAUUGUAUUCCCUGUUACAAGAGACGAAGUAGAAUCAAAAAUUGAUGAGUUUGAACAGAAGUUCGGAAUACCGCAAAUAGUAGGUGCAGUGGACGGUUGCCAUAUUGAAAUAGCUGCUCCUCCAAUUAACCCCGAAGAUUACUUCGAUCGCAAGAAAAUGUAUGCUAUGUACUGCCAUGUUGCGCCAUGCAUUGCUAGGUAUACCAUGGUAUGA